UUUUUUUUUUUCUUUUGACCUUUUAACAUUUUUCUUUCACUUUCCCGAGGUCCUCACUCGACCCCCCACCCCUAACCCUAACCUCUCACUUUCUCGGAAAAUCGAUUUUUUUCUCGGGAAUCGCCGAGAAAAUGCAGCAACAGAGGUUGAAGCAGCAGCAACAGGCUCUGAUGCAGCAAGCUCUUCUUCAGCAACAGUCAAUCUACCACCCUGGCCUCUUAGCACCUCCUCAGAUUGAGCCAAUUCCAAGUGGAAAUCUGCCUCCUGGUUUUGAUCCGAGUACUUGCCGCAGUGUUUAUGUGGGGAACAUCCAUACACAAGUAACAGAACCGCUUCUCCAAGAAGUUUUUGCAAGUACUGGUCCCGUGGAAAACUGCAAGCUUAUUAGAAAGGAGAAGUCAUCAUAUGGGUUUAUCCACUACUUCGAUCGCAGAUCAGCUGCUCUUGCUAUAUUGCAUCUGAAUGGAAGGCAUCUGUUUGGGCAGCCUAUCAAAGUUAAUUGGGCAUAUGCUAGUGGUCAGAGGGAGGAUACGUCAGGUCACUUCAACAUAUUUGUGGGUGAUCUCAGCCCUGAGGUUACAGAUGCUACAUUGUUUGCCUGCUUCUCUGUUUAUCCUAGUUGUUCAGAUGCAAGGGUUAUGUGGGAUCAGAAGACUGGGAGGUCAAGAGGGUUUGGGUUUGUUUCUUUCCGGAAUCAACAGGAAGCGCAAAGUGCAAUAAAUGACUUAACUGGAAAGUGGCUUGGCAGUAGACAGAUACGCUGUAACUGGGCCACAAAAGGUGCUGGUGGCAAUGAAGACAAGCAGAGUUCAGAUGCCAAAAGCGUGGUAGAACUAACAAAUGGCUCAUCAGAAGAUGGCAAAGAGACUACAAGUACUGAUACUCCUGAGAAUAACCCUCAGUAUACUACUGUUUAUGUGGGCAAUCUUGCUUCAGAGGUCACCCAACUUGAUCUCCAUCGUCACUUCCAUGCUCUUGGUGCAGGAGUGAUUGAGGAGGUCCGGGUCCAGCGAGAUAAAGGCUUUGGUUUUGUGAGAUACAGUAAUCAUUCUGAGGCAGCACUGGCUAUUCAGAUGGGAAAUACCCAGUCGUAUCUGUGUGGAAAACAAAUUAAGUGUUCUUGGGGCAGCAAACCGACCCCACCAGGAACAACUUCAAAUCCGCUACCCCCGCCUGCAGCGGCACCUUUACCUGGCCUCUCUGCGACUGAUCUUUUGGCUUAUGAGCGGCAACUAGCAAUGAGCAAAAUGGGUGGUGUUCAUGCCCUGAUGCACCAUCAGGGGCAGCAUCCUCUUAAGCAGGCAGCAAUGGGAAUGGGUACAGCUGGAGCAAGCCAGGCUAUAUAUGAUGGCGGGUUCCAGAAUGUUGCUGCUGCCCAGCAGCUGAUGUACUACCAGUAAUUUAAUGGUGAAACCUGUAUUUCCUGCUUUCUGCGGGGAUUUGUUUCAGUUUGUACCUCUAGGAAAGCUUUAUUAUAUUGUCAUUUUCCCGUCUCCAACGGCGAGGUUGUUACCUACCUUUUCGCAUGCGUGCUGUGCUGUGUAUGGAUAUAUGUAUCAUCAUGUAUGUUUUGUGAUCUGUACUUUGUAGCUAGGAGUGAUUAUGAUUGUUAAGAGGGAAUGCAAACACUAGUGUUUCGGAGUA